AUGAGGCUCAAUCAAGAUAGCCGCGAUGUUUGUUAGUAACAGCCACUAACAGCCUAAACGAUGAAUUUUAAUUAUAUGGCCUGAGAGCUGUUAGUAUACUAAACUCACUUGGUAUUCGCAAAUCUCCGCAAUCAAUAUGUCGUAUCGAGACUUGAGAAAUUUUACAGAAAUGAUGAGAGCUCUUGGGUACCCAAGAUUGAUCUCCAUGGAGAACUUUCGUUCUCCCAAUUUUCCAUUGGUUGCAGAGGUCUUAAAAUGGCUGGUACUUAGGUAUGAUCCUAAUGUUGACAUACCAAUGGAUGUUGAGGGUCAAAAUGAUAGAGUAAUAUUCAUUAAAUCAGUUGCUCAGUUUAUGGCAACCAAAGCACAUAUUAAGCUCAAUACAAAGAAGUUGUAUAGUGCAGAUGGGUAUGCAGUAAAGGAACUUCUGAAGGUCACAUCUAUUCUAUACAAUGCAAUGAGGUCAAACUCAUCUGAUGAUCAAUCAAGCCAUGAGGACUUGACAAGGGUGAAGAUUGAUGUCACUUCUAAGAUUGGUGAUUUGAAAGCAUCAAGACAGCUUGCUUCAGAAAUAACAACAAAAGGAGCCUCAUUGUAUGAUUUGCUUGGUCGUGAAGUUGAACUCAGGGAACUUAGAAAUGCCUCUGUUGGCCGUCCAAUGGAUUUGAAUGAAAUUGAAAAGGGAAUCAGACAAAGUGUGAAGAGUUUGACGGGUGAGAUAAACAAAACAAAGAAAAUGCUGGAGAAUAUUGCAUCAGAUGAAGCUAACUUAGAAGCAAAGAUAGAGAAGAAGAAACAGGAGCUAGAGCGCAAUCAGAAAAGGCUUCGAAGUUUAGAGAGUGUCAGGCCUGCCUUUAUGGAUGAGUACGAAAAGCUGGAAGUGGAGCUACAAGGGCUUUAUGACGUGUACAUUGAGAAAUUCAGAAACCAAAGUUAUCUUGAGCAAUUACUCGAGGAGAUGAACAAAGGCGAAGAAGAUAAAAUCGAGGGAUUGGAUGGCGAAUCUAGCAAAACUGCUGAGGCGGUCAUAUUAGAACCGCAAGAUGACCUAAAAGGAGACGCGAGUGACGAUGAGGUGGAUGACCAAGACGACAUCCCAGAAGAUCGUUCCAGACCAGAAAGACCUCGAUGUGCAGGUGGCAGACCAAGAGUUGAAGGAACUAUGACUGGAGGUGCUGAUUCAGACGAGGAGGAUUCAGAUGAGUUGUCUAGUGGCGGAAGUGACAUAGAGAUGGACGAAGAUGGCGAGGAUGAUGAGGACGACGACGAUGAACUUAUUGAUGGGGAUGAUGAUGAUGAUGAUGACGAUGAAACUGGCCAUAUUGGAAGAAAAAGAGGGAAAGUCGACAUGAAAAACGCCUUGAAUGACAGUGAUGAUGAUUUUUAAGCACUGUUUGCUUGUAAAAUAGAUGUAAAUUGAAAUGUUGUGACCGGUAGCUGAAAUAGUUGUAAAUGAUUAAUGGGGAACUUGAAA